AAUAAAAAUAUUUGAGUACAAAUUAAUAACAGAGGAAUGUGGAUAUAUGGUCAUCAAAUCCUAUAUUAAGUAUCUUUAACAUAAAAAAAUUGAAUGAAGCAAGUGUUAACUUAUGGACCUCAUGCUUGGAAUUUGCUUAAAGGUGUAUUCUGCAUAUAUAAACCACCAGAUUUGAAUAUGGCUAAUGUUGUUUCAUCCUUAAAAAACAAGAUAUCCAAUGAACUUAAUGGAUUAGAACCCAGGCCUCCUAAUAAGUUGGAAUUUUACAAAGAAUACAUUGAUUUAACAACCAAUAAAGUGGAAACCUAUAAAAAGGAGAAAAUAGACUUAUCAGAUCAUAUAUUGAGUGUCGGUGCACGUUAUGUCCCUGAAGAAAUUGGUGUGUCCUAUUUAUUUAAUUCAAACACUUUUAUGUCUGGUUUACAUUUGGUUGCAAUUAAUACAAUCAAAUAUGAUAUCAUUAAUUUCAAAAAAACCCGAUCAAUAAAUGUCUAUAUAUGUACUGGAAAAUUUGGCAGAGCAACAAGUGAUUAUACACAGAAUGGAAUAACUACUCAAAGAAAACCUUUUAAUCACGUGAGCCUUACCAAACUCGAAAGAAUCUUGUCAAUCAUCAAAUGCAAUCACAGGAGAGAAUUGAUCAAAUACUCUGGAGUAGACGACAUUCGAUCCCAAGCGGCUUAUACCCUGGCCAGUAAAGGGCUAUUGCUCAACUCAAUACUAGACUUAUCUCCUCCCAUAAUAACCGAUAUCAAAUUACUCGAAUUUAGGCCACCGUAUUUUUCCUUAGAAAUAUCAGCCGUGAAUGAAUUCCCAGCUUACCUGUGCCAAGUUAUUCACGAUAUCGGUGCCGAUCUUAAAUCUUGCAGUCAUUCCAUUAGCAUGAGAAGGAUUCAGUCAGGCCCAUUCACGAUUGAUCAUUCUCUGUCGAGUGCAGAGUGGAAUCUAGGGGCCAUCAUACACAAUAUACACAACGUAUCAAGGCCAAUUUACCUUCAGGCCAUUAAAGAAUACAGAGAGAGGCAUCGAUUCCUGAAGAGUUUAAAGCUUAGUACCUCGCAACCCGUUCUCAGUCUUACGAACGAAAGGAAGGAUGAUGAGCGUGCCAUUUCUUUUCACGAGAAUAGACUGACUUCUUGACAUUUAAUAUAUUAAAUUUAUAAUUUUAACGAGAGAUGAUUAAAUCGUAAACAUGCA